AUGUUCCUAAGGAACAGGCUCCAAGUCCAGAUUUCAGGAUUUAGGGAGGAAGACUUUGUUCCUAAGGAAGAGGUCCAGGGUUUUGGGUUUAGGGAGAAAAAUUUUGUUCCUAAGGAAGAGGUUCUAAGUUCAGAUUCCGGAUUUAGGGAGGAAGACUUUCUUCCCAAGGAUCAGGUUCCAUGUUCAUGUUUAGUGUUGAAGUUUCAGGAUCUGAAGGAAGAUUAUGUUCCUAAGGAACAGGUUCCAUGUGCAGAUUCUGCGUUUAGGGUUGAUGUUCCUGAGGGAAGUGUUCCUAAGGAGCAGGUUCCAUGUUCAGGUUUCGGGUUUAGCGAAGAAGACUUUGUUCCUAUGGAAGGCUUCGUUUCUAAGGAAAAUGUUCCAUGUUCAGAUUCCGGGUUUAGGGUGUAG